UUCCCUUACAGCUUGAAGGUUCAUGCGGAGUUCAACGUCACUUCCGGGGUCAGCCAAGAGCUAUGGCCGCUAACGCGGAGCCGGGGCGGCGGCCAGGAGUUGGGGUCGGCGUGGUGGUGCUGAGCUGCGAGCAUCCUCGCUGCGUCCUACUGGGGAAAAGGAAAGGGUCCUUUGGAGCCGGCAGUUUCCAGCUUCCUGGGGGCCAUUUGGAAUUCGGUGAGACCUGGGAAGAAUGCGCUCAGAGGGAAACCUGGGAAGAGGCUGGACUUCACCUGAAAAAUGUGCGCUUUGCCUCGGUGGUAAAUUCUUUUGUUGAGAAAGAGAAUUACCAUUAUGUCACCAUAUUAAUGAAAGGAGAGGUGGACAUGACUCAUGAUUCAGAGCCGAGGAAUAUGGAACCUGAAAAGAAUGAAAGUUGGGAGUGGAUUCCUUGGGAAGAAUUUCCUCCCUUAGACCAGCUUUUCUGGGCUCUCCGUUGUCUAAAAGAGCAAGGUUAUGAUCCAUUUAGAGAGGACCUAAACCACCUGGAAGGAUACCGAGGAAAGUACCUUGAAAGGACCAAGAAGAUUCCUUGAUUUAAAAGAAAAAAAGUCUUUAGUAAAUGAAAAGUUCUAUUUCGGGACAAUUCGAUUUUAUCCAUAGAGCCAUGUGGUCACCAGUUUAUUUGCAGUCCCCUGAUAUAAUUUAAGAACCUUAAGAAACUUUUCCUGGGAUGUGCAGAUGAAUCGUCCUUGAGACAUAGAAUAAGGUGUGAAAGGAGCUUGUGGCUCGUUAUCUGCACUACUGCAUGGUGACUGUCGUCGGCUGCGUGAAGGCAAACGUAAUAGAUGGCCUUGUGCUAGUUCAAACAGAGGUCAGAACUCAAAUAUGGCCAUUAAGUUCAAAAGCCAUGUGCCUACUGCAAAAUUCGUCAUGCUUGAUGGUUUUCCUUUUCACUCUUAGCCACUUGAAAAGAAUUUUUAAAUGACAACUUGUGUAACUAGAGAGCUUAUAACAAGCAGUAAGCUGUAUUUCCCUCGUUUCUGACCCAUGAUAAAUGUUGAGACUAAGCUGUGCAUCCUACUACUAACUCCCAGGUCCUCUGCAUCGCCCUGUCACUGCCUGAGAUUGGGGUCCUUGUAUGUUGGGAUUAAAUAGAGCAGUGCAUUGAAUCACCUACUGUGGGGGUUCCCCGAGGUCUAGAACUUUCCAGAACAUCACAGCCAAAGGUUGGUUGGCUGCUCUCUCCCUCUAGCAAAUUGUAAAAUUUUACUGUAAGAGAUUGAACAGUGAGAUGUCUCACAGACCAGUAUUGCAUGCUGUCUGCUGUGAAAGCUGAGGGUGAUUUGGUUUUUAACCUGUUCUGGCUGAGAGGGGACUUCGGGUUUAAGAGAAUCAUGUUCUUGGCCUAAGGACCACAUCGUGCUUAGCUAAUGUUAACAGCUAAAGCUUCUGACCAGCCCAUUCAUCCUGAUCCGAGUCCAGGCUUGGAUUGCAUGUGCCCUCAUCUAUCUUUGGUCAGGCAUAGCAUUGUUUUCUGGCUAAUGCAGUUUCUGUUACUGGACAGCCACUGGCCCUUCUGCUGCACAGGCCCCUGCCGAGCUCUUUAUGUGAGGUGGUUUUUCACCGAUGCCAUCUCUCUGUCCUGCACAGGUGCCACAUGAGCCCUUUAUCCUUUACUUGUGGGUCCUGUUCUUUACUCAGUAUUCCUGUUUCACAUGGGUUAAUUUUUGACCAGGGCAAAACCAAUGAAGAUGGUUGGGAAGUGCAGGCCACACCUCCCACGCCAGCCCAGGCAGAUGAUUGAAGAGAGCUGUACCUGCACAGCCCAGAGAGAUUUUUAUAAUGGUCAGCUGUCACUAAUUUCUUCAUUUAUUGAGUCUCACAUACCUCAGGCUGGCUUCCAGUUCACGUUGUAGCCGAGGGUACUCCUGAACUUCCAAUCCUGCCUUGGUGCCCUGAUGCUGAUUCAAGCUACAUCCCUCUUUUAAGUGUGCACAGCAGUUCCCCAAGUGGCUGGUGCAUCAUUAGUUUCCUGGGUUGCUGCUUGGUACUGGGGGUUGAACUUAGGGCUUUACACAUGACAGGCAAGUGCCAUAACAGACUGAAUUCGAAGGCAGUUAGGGAAGCCAGCUCCCUUCUGUCAGGUCAGACAUCGAAGAGAUUUGCCAAAAUAUGAAAUGACUUUCUUGCUGGAUAGUUUAUAAAAAAAUAUGUUAACGUGUAUUUGAUCUUUAUUAUAUGGCCAAUAAACUUUCCUAAUUUU